AUGUUGCUGCGCCGACAGCAGCAACCUCACUGGCUUUGGCGCCAUAAGCGCAGCGAGACAAAGCUACAGAUGAUCCUCCAAUCUCUACAAGGAUCUACUGAAGACCAGAUCACUGCCGAAAAGGCACAGCACUGCGGCAUGCAACUGAACCCUCUCGAUUUCGAGACUGGCGAUACCUCGCCCUUUGUAUCACCUUGUUUCGCUCCUCGAGAUGACGACAGCCUCCUCAUCAGGAAGACUCGAUUCCAGUUACAAAAGAGCAACUUCUUUCGCUGCUGCCUUGGUACUGGCGCCAAGUACCAGAACAAGUCCCCGCGCCAGCGCAAUAAUCUCCUUCGAAGCGUGCUCGUCGAAACCUUCAAGGACUACCGCAACAUCGCGAACCGAUCUCGCAAUAUCGUCGCUGAUCUGCAUCAUUAUGAGUUUGAUUCACAUUCAAUUUACUCCGACGACGAAUUUGGGCCGAAUCUAACCAUGAACACUGACAGGGAUGACGGUUCCCUCGAUAGAGCGAUCCACCACAACGGCAAGCAAGCGAAUCUCCGAGUAGUGACUUCUCAUGAGCUCCGAUCUGAAAACCAUCGGAUGCGUCAUAACCACCAAAUUAUCACUAUUUCCAUCAACGAGCGACCCGGUGCUCUUCCUUCAAUUACGGAGCUUCAAGUUCUGGCCACCCAGAUUCGACAAGCUAUGCGCUUCGAGCGAAAGCUGGGUCAAUUCAACAAUCCCCGCAACAGACACAGUCAGCCCAGAAUGGUCAAAUACGAGUUCCCGACUCUGGUCACCACCAUCUAUCGCAGAGGCUACGUCCGAGUCAUCUACGGCUACAUGGACGGCACACUCAAAAUCCAAUACACGGAGCCGCAACAAAUUACCGUUGACAACUUCGAGUCAAUGAUGAAAAAACUCCUUCAAUGGAACCUCCCCGAGACACAAGGCGAUCCCACAAAAGUCGUCACACUCCCAACAAUUCAAGAGGAAGAAGAAGACCCAACAGUGCAAGUCACUCAAAUCUCAAAAACAGCGCAGUUGACAAAACAGGAAAUCACCCAAAUCAAUAACUUCCUGCAACGCUGCCUCGAGCCUCGGUCAAGUCUCACUAAUCCCUGGCUCUACAAAUCACUCUCACGCAACAUCAACCACAAUAACGUCCGCUCCAAAUACACCUUCUACAACUGGGCUUACAAUCCCUGCGCGCUGCCAUCUCCCAUCGCAUGCAAAAAAAUUGUCUGCAAAAAACCACAAUCUCCCAAACCCAAACCCAUAAAACGGGUUUGGGCCUUAGGCUCUGGUGAUCAUGUAUUGACUUCAUUCGGUUGA